GCUGAUGCAACCCACCCCGCCGCCUGCCACAGCCUGCGGGAGGCGCGCACCGGGACGGCGGGCGGCGGCGGGCCGAGGCGCCCCGGCGGCGGCCGGCACCGACAUCGGCACCCGGCGGGGCCCGGGGGUCGGGGCAGCGGCGGAGGCGGCGGGGCUGAGCCUGCAGCCCGCGCCCGGCCCCUGCGGCCGGGCCCCGCGGGCACCCCGGCAGCCCGGUCGCCGUGCACGGUUCUGCUUAUUCUCUGCCUUUGCCCUUCCUGGGGGAAACGUCUGCCUUGAUUCAUACCCCUCCUGCGCAGCUGUGUCCCCUGCUAUGAUGCCAGGGCAGAUCCCCGACCCGUCGCUGGCGGCCGGCGCGCUGCCGGGGCUGGGCCCCCUGACGGGGCUGCCGGGCACGGCCCUCACCGCCGAGGAGCUGAAGUGCGCCGACAUCCGCAACAUCGGCGCCAUGAUCUCGCCGCUGCAGUUCCUAGAGGUGAAGCUCGGCAAGAGGCCCCAGCCUGUCAAAAGUGAGCUGGAUGAGGAAGAAGAGAGGAGGAAAAGGCGCCGGGAGAAAAACAAAGUAGCAGCAGCACGAUGUCGGAACAAGAAGAAGGAGAGGACAGAGUUCCUGCAGCGGGAGUCUGAGCGUCUAGAGCUCAUGAAUGCUGAGCUGAAGGCCCAGAUAGAAGAGCUGAAACAGGAGAGGCAGCAGCUCAUCCUGAUGCUGAACCGGCACCGUCCCACCUGCAUCGUGCGGACAGACAGCAUCAAGACGCCCGAGAGCGAAGCCAACCCUCUGCUGGAGCAGCUGGAGAAGAAGUGAAGGUGGCACAGGGCCAGGAGGAGCAGACAGUGGCACAGGGUCUUCCAGGGUCUCUCAUGUAUGUACUGUAUGAAGAACUGUGCACCCAGGCCUGGUGCAGCCAGGACCCAGUGGGCUUCCUUGGGAACUAUGGACCAAACAUGGGAACAGAGAAGAUCAGGAACCUGCCAACCAUGUACUCUGAGGCUGAACCUGGGAGCAGGGCUGGUGGUGCCAGUGAGGGCAACCUCGCUGUGAUACCUCAUCCCAGCCCUUCAGCCUGCCCUCAGCCCCGGGACACCCACAAAGCCCCGGCGUGUCCUGCAAGGACCGCGCAGCCCGUGGGUGGCAGGGGCAGCAGGCUGAGGAGUGGCAGCUGUGCCGUGCCCACCAGCACCUGCCCAGAGGCUGCUGCUGCUCCUGGCGCACGCUCCAGAGGGAAUCCCUAACCCGAGAACCACAAACACUUGAUGCAGCCCCAUCUGGUGGGCAGGCCUGUCAGGGCUCGGUGGCGCAGGCGCCCCCCACAAGCACACUCAGUAUAAUGUUUACAGCCCAGCUGUCCGUGUCGGCCGUGCUUUUGAAUGCACAUUUUUACACUUUUUUAAAGUAUUUUUUACAAAGUUUUUAUACAGUGAUCUCUAUAUGGAUUUAUAUAAUCACUAGAUGUGAUCCCAUAGAAAUGUAUGUUAUAAUGGUCUGUUUGUUACAAACACAUAUGCCGCAGUUAUCUCCAUUGUGUUACUUGUCUGGUAGCAUCCAGCUCCUUUCCUGGCAUGCUGGGAAGGGGGUCCAAGCUGCCCUCUGCAGUGGUGUCGCUACCCUCUCCAUCCAUGUAUGUCCUUCAUAAUACUCAGUUCUGUAUCUCUCAGUAAAUGUUACCUUUGCGUA